CACUUUAAAAAAAAUGGCUGCUUCUGAGUCUGGAUGCGACCAUUAUGUGCGCAGCUGUUUGUUAAAAGCUCCGUGCUGUGGGAAGUUCUAUGUGUGUCGACUGUGCCAUGAUGCUGAAGAAAACCAUCAGAUGGAUCGAUUCCAGGUGAAAGAGGUGAAAUGCUCUGUCUGUAACACAGUCCAGAAGGCACAGCAGACGUGUGAGGAGUGCAGCGAGAAGUUUGGGGAAUAUUACUGCAGCAUUUGUAAUUUGUUUGACAAGGAUAGGAAACAGUACCACUGCCAGCCUUGCGGGAUAUGUCGGAUUGGACCAAGGGAAAAGUACUUUCAUUGUGUGAAAUGUAAUCUGUGCUUAGCCAGUGAUCUACAAGGAAAUCACAAGUGCGUUGAAAACGUCUCAAGGCAGAACUGCCCAGUGUGUAUGGAGGAUAUUCACACAUCCCGAAUUGGAGCUCAUGUCCUUCCCUGUGGCCACCUCCUGCACAAAACCUGUUUUGAUGACAUGUGUAAAACUGGUGCAUACCGCUGUCCGCUGUGCAUGCACUCUGCCUGGAACAUGAAGGACUGCUGGGAGGAGAUGGACAAAGAGAUCUCUCAGACGCCCAUGCCAAGCGAGUACCAGGAUGCCACCGUCAAGAUCAUGUGUAAUGACUGCCAAGCACACUGCACGGUGCCCUUCCAUGUGCUGGGUAUGAAAUGCAGCAGCUGUGGGUCCUACAACACUGCCCAGGAUGGGGGACUGAUACCACGGCAACAGCAGCAACCACCGCAGUGACGCACCUGCUGAUGCCACUCCCACUGUCACACCCAGCCCCUUCCUCAGCCAGUUCCACACUCUGACUCUGAGUCUCCAGCUUCACCAAGAGCUGAUCGGUGAUUGCCUUAAUCCCAGAAACUCAGGCUGCUCGGAUUAACAUCCUGAGUAAUUGAUUGUACAUAACUGGGUCAUUCACAAGGGGAUUUUUUUUUGUUUUUACACUAAAGUGGCAAUUAAUUGGUACAGUAUCAUUGUUACUAUCUGUCAGUAAAAUACAGAAAACUCAUUUCCACAUUUCUGUAAAUGUAGAGCAUGAUGCCUGCUAGGUUUUUCCCCAGUCCUUAUAAACUAAAAUCAGAUAUCUCCAGAUAUCUCCCUGAAUAUUAUUCAUUGAAGUUCCAUCUCUAAAGUUUAUUUUAUAUCUGUGGUGAGUAGCCUGCCACCCAGGGGCUGCAGGUCUCCAAAAUGUGGCUCAGACAAACAACUGCGUAGUUUGAAUUUGGUUGAACAUAAGGUGAGAAAAGAUGAGUUUAUGCCCCCUAGUGGCUGCUAUUCCAAAUGUCCGCAUCUAGGAAUACAAGUAUUUACCUAAUGUGAUAUGUAGAGUAUUCAUUUAAUGCAAGGCUAUGACACACAGAACAUUGGAAAAAGCAAGGCACUUCACAAGGGGGCGUAAAAUCCUCCUUUCUUUUGCAUUAGGCCCAAUGUGUGUGAAUGCUGCAAAUCUGGUCCAGUUAAAAACUCAGGUCACCCAUCCAGAUCAUUCCUUCAAUUAGACUCUGUUCUGAAACCUUUCACCAUGUCUUUAAGCUUCAGAACUAAAACCCAGUAUCUGCGUCCUGCGAUUAUGAUAGCAAUUUGCUGGUAGUUGUAUGAACAGUGACCACAUUGCUUGUCAGCUUACACAUCUAAGCAUACUAUUCCAUACUGUGGAAGUUUCACUGUAUCAGUGUGUCAGUAUAACCCUACAGAGGCAUAGUGUUGUAGGGAAAGCCUACAACAGCAGCUGGUAUCUGACAUCAUAGCACAUAAAAUAUAUUGCAUUUAUGUAGCACCUUUCAUGAAUUUCAGUGCACUUUACAGUGAGGUGUGAUUUGCUUCAGCCACCACCAGUGUGUAGCUACCACCUUGGUGAUGUAUAGGAGCCAUUUUGUGCCUGAAAGCUCACCACAGCAUCAGCUGAGGUGGUGAGGAAUUUUGGAAACAUUUUGGUUAGUUAGGGGGAGGAGAAUAUGGCCAGAUUGAGGGAGCCAGAUUAUGAAUCUUGGAGGAAAGGACGUACAGACUGCACUUUGACCUGAGUUCAUUGAUCCCACCAUUGUCUGCAAGUUUACAACUGGAACAAUAAAUUCAGAUUUUACUAUACAUCAACAUGGAAGCCAUUUAUACUUCUGGGUACUGCAUUUUUAUGAAUUACAUCUUUCAACUAAUCUGUGUCAGACCAUAAAAUGAUCUUUAUUAACAACUUAUUAGGCAUUUGUAAUAUAUUGUAAUUUCU